AUGGCGGACACAUCGGACGGAGAGGUGGAGACAGUUAUAGGUAACACUGAAGCUUAUACUGCUGCACUUUUUAUUGAUGGAGUGAUUAUCGUAGCAGUCUCAACCAGAAAAUUUGCUGCCUCCCCCAUGUACCUUUUUAUCAAGAACUUCUUGUGUUCAGAAAUGUUGUUAGUGACCCUUGUUGUUCCCAACAUGUUACGGGUCAUAUGGCUGAAUGGAGCCACCAUCUCUAUCCCUUGCUGCAUCGCUCAAAGUUACCUCUAUUGUGCCUCAGGUAGCACAGAAAGCUAUCUUCUUUCAGCGAUGGCCUAUGACCGGUACUUGGCCAUAUGCAAGCCUUUGCUCUAUAACAAAAUUAUGAGCCAGAAUCUUCAACAUUCUCUGGUAAUCUUUUGCUGGGUGCUUGGCUUCAUGUCCACAUUGAUAACAAUGGGUUUUGUGACCCAACUAAAAUUCUGUGGACCCAACAUCAUUGACCAUUACUUCUGUGAUCUGGCUCCCUUUGUUGACCUUGCUUGCUCAGACACUUCAUCUUUUGAGAUGGAAAUAUUAAUCCUCUCAUUUCCUAUCAUGGUCAUACCAUUUAUUUUGGUUUUGGUGAGCUACAGUUGUGUUGUAAUUACCAUUCUACGCAUGUCUUCUAUCACCGGGAGGAAGAAAGCCUUCUCAACCUGUAGCUCUCACCUCUCCGUAGUGACCAUUUAUUUUGGGUCCCUAAUAAUAAUUUAUCUGAUUCCAUCAAGCUCACAAACUCUUAACAAGAUAGUAUCAGUUCUUUACACAGUGGUAACCCCCUUGUUUAAUCCCUUUAUAUAUACUAUAAGAAAUAAGGAAAUCCGAGCUGUUAUACGUAAGUGGAAUAAUUACCUCACAGCAAAUACCUAA